GUCAGCUUGGUGGCUGUUAGCAAGACGAAGCCAACAUGGAUGAUACGUACUUUAUAUGAGCAUGGACAUCGUCACUUUGGUGAGAACUAUAUACAAGAACUAGAGAGUAAGUCAGUUGAGUUGGGAGACUUGUCAGACAUUAAAUGGCACUUCAUUGGAAGCAUUCAAUCAAAUAAGAUCAAAGGAUUAUGUACAGUGAAGCAUCUUUCAAUGGUGGAGACUGUUGAGAAACAGUCCACUGCAGACAGGUUCGCCAAAUCAUGGAUGGACGAGCAUUCACAACUACCAAUAAUGGUUCAAGUUAAUACAAGUGGUGAGGAGUCCAAGAGCGGCUGUGACCCAAGCCAAGUUGUGGACAUUGUCCGACAUAUCAUUAGUAAUGAUGUAUGCAAGAAGUCACUAAAGUUCGCUGGUCUGAUGACCAUUGGCAGUCCAAACGCAGGUGUAGACCAGCCUGAUUUCAAGAAACUGGUACAAUGUCGAGAGAUGAUUGUCCAACAGCUUGGACUGCCUUUGGAUGCAAUUGGAUUGAGCAUGGGAAUGAGCCACGACUACAUUGAUGCUAUCAAAUUCGGAAGCACCAGUGUAAGAGUUGGAAGCGCGAUAUUCGGAGAGAGGGACUAUUCG